GUGGCAGUUGGGAUUCGGAUGGUAGGGCGCGAGCAUCGCGCGUUGGCGGUCGAUUCUCGCCGUUGUUGACAACAACAACAACGGUGACGGUAGCUUGAAUUCCGGUGGUGAGAGCGGCGGAAUCAUGGACAACUUCCAGAAAGUGGAGAAGAUCGGUGAGGGUACAUAUGGAGUGGUCUACAAAGCAAUGAAUAAAGUCACAGGAGAGAUGGUGGCACUGAAAAAAAUAAGACUGGACGCUGAAAUGGAAGGCGUACCAAGUACUGCUAUACGGGAGAUAUCUUUGUUAAAAGAAUUAAGUCAUCCAAAUAUUGUGAAACUGUUAGAUGUUAUCCACAGUGAAAAGAAAUUGUACCUAGUGUUUGAGUUUCUGAAUCAAGAUCUGAAGAAGUAUAUGGAUUCUGCUCCUCCUACUGGGCUCCCUUUGCAAUUAGUUAAGAGUUAUCUGUUCCAGCUUCUACAAGGUGUCGCCUUCUGUCACUCUCACAGAGUCCUCCAUCGAGAUCUAAAACCACAAAAUUUGCUCAUUAAUGAUGCUGGUGCAAUCAAAUUAGCAGAUUUUGGAUUGGCAAGGGCUUUUGGAGUUCCUGUGCGCACUUAUACCCAUGAGGUUGUAACCUUGUGGUACAGAGCACCAGAAAUUCUAAUGGGAUGUAAAUUUUACUCAACAGCAGUAGAUGUUUGGAGCAUAGGAUGCAUCUUUGCAGAAAUGGUCACAAGAAAACCUUUGUUUCCUGGAGAUUCUGAGAUUGAUCAACUUUUCAGGAUUUUUCGCACACUUGGUACACCAAAUGAGGCUGUGUGGCUUGGGGUAACACAGCUACCCGAUUACAAAGCAAAUUUCCCUCAGUGGGUAAGACAAGAUUUCAACAAGAUACUACCCAAUCUGGACAUAGAUGGCAAAGACCUACUGUUGCAAAUGCUCCAGUAUGAUCCAAACAAGCGGAUUUCUGCAAAGGUUGCUAUAAGUCAUCGAUUUUUCCGUGAUGUCACUAUUCAACUGCCACAUUUACAGCUGUAAAUAUUUGGCACUGGUCACUUGGAAGAUAAAGGAACCAUCUCAGUUUUCUUGCUUUAUCACUUCAACUUGAAAAUAUUAUUUUCUUAACUAUCAUAAUUUGCAAAAUUGUACUUGUAGAGUGUUUUGGGUAAAGCUUAGACAAGUCUGUCAUAAAAUUACUAAAAAUUAGUCAUAAAUGCUUAAGAUGACAUGUAAAUACGUGUAUGAUACUAGGCGGAUAGAUUAAUAGAUUUAGUUUCAGUUAUAGAUUAUUAGACAUUCUGUGCAGUUGAAUCUGUUGUUAGAUUUGAAAUCCCAUUUUUGUAGAAAGUUUUGAAAUAUUACAAGUGAAAGGUUGAUAUUUCACAACAGAUAUAAAUCAACAUGGAAUGUAGGAAUUUACUCUAGAGAAGUAUUUUUCACAACGAUCUCUUGAGAUUUUACGGCAUGUAACAAUUUAAAAUUUUUGAGGUUUUCUUGUUUCCUCAAUAAAGGUAUUUUUAUGGCAACCUGAGAAUCAUGGUCAUAGACCACAACUUCAAAUUGAAAGACCUGCUCUCAAUCUCAUUGACAUUCAAAUUUGUUUCACAUCAGGAAUUAACUCAUAUGUACCUAGUCUUUUUUUUUCAGAUCAUAAUCCCUAUAAACUUCCUUUGACAGUGAAUCUUAAUUUUUGUCCUUGACCUGUCACUUUGCUUUGUGUGAUACAUUUAGGGGCAGCACGGUGGCUCAGUGGUUAGCAUUGCUGCCUAUGUGGAGUUUGCACAUUUUCCCCAUGUCUGCAUGGGUUUCGUCUGAGUGCUCCUGUUUCCUCCCACAGUCCAAAGAUGUGCAUGUAAGGUGCAUUGGCCAUGCUAAAUUUACCGUAGUGUUAGGUGGAUUAGUCAGAGGUAAAUAUAGGGGGGUGGGUUUCUCUUCGGAGGAUUGGUGUGGACUUUUUGGGGCAAAGUUGCCUGUUUCCACACUAGGGAAUCUAAUCUAAUAUCCAGUGUUCCUAUGGCCAAUUCAUUUGUUUUGAUACUUUCUCAAAGGACAUUAAGCAUUCCUUAACAUCCCUUUCAUCAAACUUUGGUAGAUUCUGCGCAAACUUAAACAUUUCUUUAUAUGACCUUAGGUUAUGAUUGGGAUUCUCCCCAUUGAAGCCCUCAUCAGCAUUUUCAACAUGUAUUCAAGUUUCUACCAAUACUUUAGAAUUUUAAUUCCUUUUUUUAAUUCUCUCUACCUUUCCCAUAACUGUUUCUACCCUUUGAAAUUACAUUUCUAGCUUUUUCACUUUUUCAUAAUCAAAAUGCUUAAACUGUAACUCAAUUUUAACUGAUUCUAAUGCUUCACUAUCCAAAUAACCCUAGUCUCCCUUUAUUUAUAGCAAACCACAGUGCUGUGCUAGCCCUUUAAAAAUGUCUGUAGUCUUUAUUUUAGUGGCAAUUCCAUUUACUUAAUUAAUUCAAUUAACCGUUUUUUUGUAAUUUAAUAAUAAAAGGUUGAAGUUGGCUUAGAUAAAUGGAUGGUUCAAUGAGUUGAAACAUUGUCUAGUCCUGUACUGAGCCAUAGAAUAGAAAAAUCCUUGGUGUAAUCUGAACUCUAUGUUGCAUUAAGUGAUUAAACAGAAACGAUGAUGGAGACAUUCCAGUUGACCUUACCAAUUUUGGAAAAGAGAUAUCCAUAUGGACUUUAUCCUCCUGCUCCCAAUCUAUUGUUCCAAAGUACAUAUGUAGACACUGGUCAAGUACAAGCUUAAAUUUUAUAUGCCCUUCAAAUGAUCAUAUGAAGUCACAUGCAAAAAUAUUUGAUGAUGUAGCAGAGGACUCUUGGAACCUGCAAAAUUGUAAUUAAAAUUAGUUACUAUGCUUAGUGAAAAGAUAAUGGAAAAAGAUAAAUGGGAAAAAUUAAUUAACAAGCCCAUGAUCUAGGGUAGGCUUGUGCAUAAAACCAAUGUUUAGAAAGUAUAUGAAUGGAGUAGUUGGGAUUGUUUCCUCAUAUUUUUGAUUCCACAUCUAUAAGAAUGCUACUGAAAUCCUGUUUAGCAUCUCAACGUGACAUUGCUUUGUUUUCCUUAAUUCAUAGUUUCCCAUUAUGUAAUGUGUUUUUAAUUUAAAAGUUGAGCAAGUUAUGUUGGAAUGGUGUUUCACCAUGUUGUUUCCUGCAAAACAAUUGUUUUUGAUAUGAGAAUAGUUUUAAAAAUGAAAGAUAAUGAUUAUCUUUUUAUUUUAAAAAAAACUUAUUCAGGUUAUUAAAUAAUAAAACAAAUUGUAAUAAUUUACUUUCCAGACUGCAGUAUGACCAUAUUGUACAAGAAGAAAAAUUAAUGUCUCUUAAAUGCUGUCCAAUUCCUUGAUUUUAUUUAUACAAUAAAUAUGCUCUGGGGAUAAUGUAUUAAGUUGACUGCUGAGGUUACAAAGAAUCAAUGCCAUGCACUAGGAUAAUAACAAAUAUUGUAUUAAAUCAUUAAACUGUA